AUGUUUAACCUUAUAAUAUUAUUGUUGGUUUAUUUAAUAGAAUUUAUAAAUACAACUCCAAUAUCAUCGGAAAAUAAUAAUGGUAUCAAAUUUAAAAGAAUCGGUGGUACAGUUGCAUGGGAUUAUGAAAAUGACAUAGUUCGUGGUUUAAAUUUAGGUGGUUGGUUUGUACUUGAACCUUAUAUAACACCAGAAUUAUUUGAAGCUUUUGGAACCGAUGAGUCUAAGAUUCCAGUUGAUGAAUAUCAUUAUACUCAAUAUUUAGGUAAAUCUGAAGCUUUAAAUAGAUUACAACAACAUUGGUCAACGUGGUAUACUGAAGCUGAUUUUGAACAAAUGAGUUACCUUGGUAUUAAUUUAGUUCGUAUUCCAAUUGGUUAUUGGGCUUUUGAUUUGUUACCAAAUGACCCUUAUGUACAAGGUCAAGUUGAAUAUUUAGAAAAGGCUAUAAAUUGGAGUAGAAAACAUAAUUUAAAAGUUUGGAUUGAUUUACAUGGUGCAGCUGGAUCUCAAAAUGGUUUUGAUAAUUCUGGUUUAAGAGAUCAUGUUGAUUUUCAAAAUGGUGAUAAUACAGAAUUUACUUUAAAUGUUCUCAGAACUAUACUCAAGAAAUAUGGUGCACAAGAAUAUUCUGACGUUAUUGUUGGUAUUGAAUUAUUAAAUGAACCUUUGGGACCUGUUUUAGAUAUGAAUAAAUUAAAACAAUUUUUCACUGAUGCUUAUUGGUAUUUAAGAAAUAAAGUUCAAUCAGUUAUGCCAGUUGUUAUACAUGAUGCUUUUCAACAACCCGGUUAUUGGGAUGGAUUUUUAACUGUUGAUGGUGGUGCUUGGAAUGUUGUAAUUGAUCAUCAUCAUUAUCAAGUUUUUUCACAAGGUGAAUUACAAAGAAAUAUUGCUCAACAUAUUCAAACUGCUUGUAAUUGGGGUUGGGAUACUAAAAAAGAAUAUCAUUGGACUGUUGCUGGUGAAUGGUCAGCUGCUUUGACUGAUUGUGCAAAAUGGUUAAAUGGUGUUGGUAGAGGUGCAAGAUAUGAAGGUCAAUAUGAUAAUUCUGUAUGGAUUGGAUCUUGUGAUUUUGUAAGGAAUUCAACUCCUGAUCAAUGGCCAAAAUGGUAUAGAACAAACGUCAGAAAAUACAUUGAAGCUCAAUUAGAUGCAUUUGAGUACACUGGAGGCUGGGUUUUUUGGAAUUUCAAAACGAGCGGCAAAAUAUCUGCUGCUGAAUGGGACUUUCAGAAGCUCACAUAUUAUGGAUUGUUUCCUCAACCAUUGACCGAUAGACAAUUUCCAAAUCAAUGCAAUUUUCCAAGCAAAAAAUAA